CACAGUCAGGAAGUGUUGAGCGUCACUAACUGUGGGGCAUGUGGAAUUGAUUGAGAUUAACCAGUGAGCCUGGACAAUAUGUUGAUCAAUGACACCGUGUCAGUAUUUCUUCUAAGAGAGACACUGGAGCUUCUGCUUUAUGUGUGUUACGCUACCGCGGCAAAUAUCCAUCAUCAGAGGGAAGAGCAUUGCUGUGGCUGUAAAGCUGUGUGACAUUCGCAGUACUAAGUAAGUGGUGCGUUUUCCUGUUUACGACAAGUGUGACUAAAAACAAAACGGAAAAGUAACGUCAGUCUAACCAUGAAACCAUCUUGUCAUAUUAUAUAAAUAUCCCGUACUAAGAAAAGCAUCCCACUAUAAAAUGUUGUCGUUUUUAAUCAAUGAUAUAGUUGGUUUCUGUGUCAAAGUAUCAGGGGAGUGGAUUUGUUAUCAGCAGCUUUCCGUGAUCCGGUCAAAGUGCAUACUGCUAGGCUGUGCUGACAAGCAGAGAAUCUGCAUUCAUUCAAAUUAAAUCGUGAAUAAACUCCGGUCAGGUAAAGUACGGUCUUUUAUUUUUAGCAGUGUGAUCAAAAGAGCUGUUUCUCAUUUCCUUAAUGAUUCAUAGCCAACGGUGUUUUGUGGUUAUACUAGUCUGACUGAUAACAGUUUUAUUUGUGGCAGUUUAAAAAAUCUUGUGUCUCCGUUUGCCUGUGAGCAUGUUCAUGAGUAAGUCAUUUGAUCAGGCUGCUGCAUGUUUUACAAGUUUUAAGUCUUCCCUAAAGGAAGAUUAAGAGCACAGGCUGCUGAUUACCAGUGCAAUGUGAUCUCUGCCAUGAUGACAUCUAACAUACAUUUUAUCAUCUUCCAUAAAGCAACCUUUAUCAUUUCUAAAGGAAAACAUUAUAUCAUUUAUGUUACAUAUCCAUGACAUUUACUGAGUCACAAUGCAUUUACAAAUGUUUGACUGAUGUGGUUCCAGCUUCCAAGAAUGGCUAAAGAAAAAACCCAGCAGAAGGAGUUUUUGGAGGCAAUCUGUGUUCUCCAGUGGGUGCUAACAUUUCUGUUUUUUGGGCUGACUGCUGUCAUCUUGAUGGUGUAUCUUAUGUUUACCUCUCUGUGGCCGCUACCCACUCUGUACUUUGCAUGGCUGGUGAUGGACUGGGACACCCCUGAAAGAGGGGGCAGGAAAACUGUAUUUGUGAGAAAGUGGAGGAUAUGGAAGCACUUCAGAGACUUUUUUCCAAUUAAAUUGGUGAAGACAGCUGAGCUGAACCCAAACAAAAACUACAUCCUAGGAUGUCAUCCGCAUGGAAUCAUGAGUGUCGGGGCCUUCAGCUGCUUCAGCACAGAUAGCUGUGGCUUCGCCGAGGCAUUUCCUGGGGUGCGACCACGCUUGGCGAUACUGGCAGGCCUUUUCAGGAUACCACUCUUAAGGGAUUAUAUAAUGUGUGCAGGUCUUUAUCCAGUCAGCAAACCGAGCCUUGUCCACCUCCUUUCAAAAAGGGGUAAAGGCAAUGCAGUGGUGAUUGUGAUAGGGGGUGCUGCUGAGUCUCUGGCAUCCUCUCCUGGGCUCAACACAGUGGUUGUAAAGGAAAGAAAAGGAUUUGUCAGGAUGGCGCUCGAGUUUGGGGCUGAUCUGGUGCCUGUUUACUCAUUUGGAGAAAAUGAACUCUUUCAGCAGGUGAUUUUCUCAGAGGGCAGUCUCAGUCGUAACUUACAGGACUUAUUUAAAAAGAUCGUGGGUUUUGCCCCUUGCCUAUUUGUCGGCGAGCGCUUUGCAUUCCUGCCCUACAGGACCCCUGUCACUACCGUGGUGGGAAGUCCGAUCUCAGUGCCUAAGAGUGCCACACCUACCGAAGAGGAGGUUGAUCACUAUCAUAGACUUUAUAUGGAGGCUUUGUCCAAAUUGUUCCACGAACACAAGGUCAGCUGCGGACUGUCUGAGAGUCACAAGCUUCGGAUCAUUUAGAUGUCUUAAACAAGAAUUGCACUGCUGUUAAGGUUUUCUGGAAGUGGGUCUGAUGUGACAGGGUUGAUCUAAAACACUUUAAGAUUGUAGGCUAGAGUAUUUGAAUAUAUUGAGCGUGACUAUGCUGUUUGUAUUGAAUAAUGAUGACAUGAGGGCCAUUAUAUGGGAGUGAUGUAUUUGCAAAGGCAUGAAAGUGGUGGAUAUAUUGGUUUAGCAGUCUCUAAAAUGUGUUUUUCAUCAGUUUAUAAAUGAUCUAGAUACUUGGAGAGAAAAAUGCUUUAAUAAAUUGCUAUUUUGUCAAAA